AUGAAGAUUCCCUCGUUUGUUGGUCCUUUGGUGAGCGCAGUUUUGUUUCUAUUAGUUUUAUUUGCUUUUUGGUUUUAUUACUGUUACUUGAAGCCGAAAAGACAAAGGAAAAAGAACCAAGGAUGUAACAACACUGCUAACCCCGAAUCUCCGAGUUUAAGUGUACGCCGCUCACGUGCAGCAACGAAAUCCAGUUCAUAUGAUGAAGAGUGUUUUUACGGUUAUGGCUCGGGAUUAUCUGCGUAUUCCGCCGGUUACUGUUUUCACGGAGGCUUUCCUAUGGUUAAUCUCACUUCCUAUGAACAAAGAUGGCAACCUCCGAAGAAAAUGAGAGACCAAGCGUCGCUAUUCAACACGAAAAUCGAACAAUGUAACAAGAAAAACAAAGCCUGCUGCGAGCUUCGUGUUGAUGAUAUUAUCAAAGCACGAAUUGCUAAAAAGCCUUGCAUUUCUCGCCAGUUUAGCUCAGAGAGCCACGGAGCUCGAAAAUCGUGUCAUUUACAAGUUAUACAAGAAUGUGAGGAAGAGAAGGAGGAAAAUAAGGAAAAAUCAGAGAUCAAAGACAAA